AAUCAUUUACAAAGUUCAAGUUUUCACAGAAUAUUUAUUGUGACAACACUCCAGGUGUUGCUAGGUCUCUGGGAUAUCACAGCAUUACCUUGUAUUAGCUAGCAAAAGAGAGAGAAGCUUUGUUUGGAUUAGCACAUAAACCCUCUCCAUCCUGCGUACCUAUUGUUUUCUCAGUAAUUUGCAGUUUGGGUUCCUGGAUAUCACAAACUCUGCUUACAGUGCCUGAAGGUUCUCAAACCAUGGCCAGACACUUCAUCUUGUGCUUCAUCCUGCUAAGUACUCUGAUUGACAAGGGCCAAGGCUGCUUCUGUGAUCACUACCCAUGGACUCAGUGGUCCAGCUGCUCAAAAACCUGCAAUUCUGGAACCCAGAGCAGACAGAGACAAAUAGUAGUAGAUAAGUACUAUGAGGAAAACUUUUGUGAUCAAAUUUGCACCAAGCAGGAGACCAGAGAAUGUAACUGGCAAACAUGUCCUAUCAACUGCCUCCUGGGAGAUUACGGACCGUGGUCAGACUGUGAUCCUUGUGUUGAAAAACAGUCUAAGGUUAGAUCUGUUUUGCGUCCCAGUCAAUUUGGGGGACAGCCAUGUACUGAGCCCUUGGUGACCUCUCAACCAUGCAUUCCAUCUAAGCUCUGUAAAAUUGAAGAGGCUAACUGCAAGAAUAAAUUCCGCUGUGACAGUGGUCGCUGCAUGGCCAGCAAGUUAGAAUGCAAUGGAGAAAAUGACUGUGGAGACAAUUCAGAUGAAAGAGAUUGUGGGAGGACAAAGGCCGUAUGUCCACGGAAGUACAAUCCCAUUCCUAGCGUACAGUUGAUGGGCACUGGGUUUCAUUUUCUGGCAGGAGAGCCCAGAGGAGAAGUCCUUGAUAACUCUUUCGCUGGGGGAAUAUGUAAAACUGUCAAAAGCAGUAGGGCAAGUAAUCCAUACCGUGUUCCGGCCAAUCUGGAAAGUGUCAACUUUGAGGUACAAACUAAAGAAGAAGAUUUGGAAACAGAAUUCUACAAUGAUUUAACUUCUCUUGGACAUGAUGAAAAUAAAAAAACUGCACAUGUUAGUGAAGGGAAAGGCUCUUUUCAUGUACCAAUUUUUUAUUCCUCAAAGAGAAGAGAAACUGUCAACCAUAAUUCUGCCUUUAAACAAGCCAUUGAAGCUUCCCACAAAAAGGAUUCUAAUUUUAUUAGGAUCCAUAAAGUGAUAAAAGUCUUAAACUUCACAAUGAAAGCUAAAGAUUUGCAUCUUUCUGAUGUCUUUUUGAAAGCACUUAACCAUCUGCCUCUAGAAUACAACUUUGCUUUGUACAGCCGAAUAUUCGAUGACUUCGGGACUCAUUACUUCACCUCUGGCUCCCUGGGGGGUGUGUAUGACCUUCUCUAUCAGUUUAGCAAGGAAGAAAUAAAGAACUCAGGUUUAACAGAGGAAGAAUCCCGAAACUGUGUCCGGAUUGAGACAAAGAAACGUAUUCUAGGAUUUAAGAAAAAAAAAGUGGAACAUCGGUGCACCACUAACAAGUUGUCAGAGAAAUAUGAAGGUUCAUUUUUGCAGGGAGCAGAGAAAUCCAUAUCCAUGGUUCAAGGUGGAAGGAGUGAAUAUGCAGCAGCUUUGGCAUGGGAGAAAGGAAACUCUAAUCUGGAGGAGAAGGCAUUUUCUGAGUGGUUAGAAUCAGUGAAGGAAAAUCCUGCUGUGAUUGACUUUGAACUUGCUCCCAUUGUGGACUUGGUAAGAAAUAUCCCCUGUGCAGUGACAAGACGGAACAACCUCAGGAAAGCUCUUCGAGAAUAUGCAGCCAAGUUUGACCCUUGCCAAUGUGCUCUAUGCCCCAAUAAUGGCCGCCCCAUGCUCUCAGGGACAGAAUGUCUGUGUGUGUGCCAGAGCGGUACUUAUGGUGCGAACUGUGAGAGACGAUCUCCGGAUUAUAAAUCCACUGCAGUAGAUGGAAACUGGGGUUGCUGGUCUUCCUGGAGCUCAUGUGAUGCAACUUACAAAAGAGUAAGAACUCGAGUGUGUGAUAACCCUGUCCCGCAACAAGGAGGGAAACCCUGUGAUGGAGAGAAGCAACAAGAGGAAGACUGUACAUUUUCAAUCAUGGAAAGCAAUGGACAACCAUGCAUCAGUGAUGAUGAAGAAAUGAAAGAGAUAGAUCUUCCUGAGAUAGAAGCAGAUUCUGGGUGUCUUCAGCCAGUUCCUCCAGAAAAUGGAUUUAUCUGGAAUGAAAAGAAACUGUACUCGGUUGGGGAAGAAGUUGAAAUUUCGUGCCUUACUGGAUUUGAAGCUGUUGGAUACCAGUACUUGAGAUGCUUACCUGACGGGACCUGGAGACAAGGGGAUGUGGAAUGCCAACGGACAGAGUGCCUCAAGCCAGUCGUGCAGGAAGUCCUGACGAUCACACCAUUUCAGAGAUUAUAUAAAAUAGAUGAAACAAUUGAGCUAACCUGCCCCAAAGGCUUUGUUGUUUCUGGGCCAUCAAUGUACACAUGCAGGGGGAAUUCCUGGACACCGCCCAUUUCAAAUUCACUCACAUGUGAAAAAGAUGUUCUGACAAAAUUAAAAGGCCACUGUCAGCCAGGACAAAAACAAUCAGGAUCUGAAUGCAUUUGUAUGUCUCCAGAAGAAGACUGCAGCCAUUAUUCAGAAGAUCUCUGUGUGUUUGAUACAAACUCCAACCAUUACUUUACUUCAUCUGCUUGCAAAUUUCUGGCCGAGAAAUGUUUAAAUAAUCAGCAACUACAUUUUCUACAUACUGGUUCCUGCCAAGAUGGUCCACAGUUAGAAUGGGGUCUUGAAAGGAUGCGACUUUCAUCCAAUAGCACAAAGAAGGAAUCCUGUGGCUAUGACACCUGCUACGACUGGGAAAAAUGUCCAGCCUCCAUUUCCAAAUGUGUCUGCCUGUUACCCCCUCAGUGUUUCAAGGGUGGAAACCAACUCUACUGUGUCAAAAUAGGAUCAUCAACAAGUAAGAAAACAGUAAACAUCUGUGAAGUGGGAGCUGUAAAAUGUGCGAACUGGAAGGUGGAAAUACUACAUUCUGGGAAGUGUUUGGCCUAGCACAAUUACUGAUAAACAGAUUUACCAUCCAAAAGUAAUUCCUACUAAAGAGCAUUCUUGUACAAACAGCAUACUAGCAUGUCCAGAGUUAUUGACAGAAAUUUUUUUGUAUUAGUUGCACAUCAUUAUUCUCCCUUGACUCUUCUGUUUUGGCGUCCUCUGUCUAGUUCCAACUCACGACACUCUGAAUCAUAAUAACUUUCACAUAAGUCUAGUAAACAUUCCUGUUCACGUUGCACAAAAAAUGGGACAUCUGAGGACCUUUUGAAACCUGUGAUAGCAAGCAUUUUCACAAUGAGAAAUAUGAACAAAAACCAUAAUUUUUUUUUCAGUGAAUUAAUACACCGAAAUCUAUAGAACCUAUAGUACACAUUCUUGAAACCCAACCUUCAUGUAUUCAUUCAAGAAAUAAUUUCGGAGUGUCUGUAGGAUGUCAAGUACUAACCACAGGUCUGAGAAAUUAGCAGGGACUAAAACAGACAAAAGCACUCGCCUUCCUGAAGUGGACAUUCAUGUGGGGGUAGAUAUUCAGAACAUAAAAUAAGCAGGUAAAAUAUGUAGUAUGCUUGAUGGUGAUAAUUGCUGUGGAGAAAAUAAAACAGAAAAGGGUGAGUCCCAUCCUUAAUUCUCAUCUUAUACAAGGAGAUAU